UUGGGUGUGGAUUGUUGUCAUGACAGCAAAAGCAAUAUGGCGGACAACAGUAGGUGUAGCAGUGUAAAUAGCGACGCUUUUGAGCUCCCUGCAUCGACUUGGAUGGUCAUACAGUCUUGCUGUCCACAGAAAGAGGCUAACGAAGUCAAGAGAGCCAUAGGACAGUCUCUGAUUGAAGAAGCUUGUGACCUUCACACUGAAGCUAGUCUAUUGUUGGAGAUAUGGCGACAGAUGAGAGAAGAGGCUGAUCCUGGGAGACCUCACGAUGGAGACACUCCUGCUCGACUAGCUGAUCCUCCUGGAGUGAGGGACAAACUUAUACAAGAAAUUAAAUUCCUCGUCUCUUACUUACAGCAAAGAAAUUCUACCUCACCAGUUGUUCGGGAGACUCUAAAGAGCCCUGUCAUCACUUAUGUACAAAACACUGAAGUAUUUAUUUCAGAACACAGGAGCUCAUGCAGUCGUCCAAGCACCAGUAGUGAUAAAUCAUCUCGCUACUGCGACACACCAUUAGCUUUCAGUAAUAGUUCUUCUGUUACUGGCCUGUUGGAAUCAACUAGUUCAUUAAGUAUACAAGAUGUUGAUGAGUCCAUUGCUAGUAUGAGGAACACAGUCAGGGAAGAGAUAGACCAAAGACAUCGAGACAUUGACCUACUGCAGAGCUACAUUGACAGUGAACUCUCGUAUCAGAAACAACCAAUUCCGACAAUAAAAGAUUUACAAAGUGUCAGUCAAAAUUUGGAAAAAGAAUUCUUGGAUGAGAGCAAGAUCAUCAAUCAAAUGUCAUUACAACUACCUUCACCUCCAAAAAAACCUGCUCCAUUAAGAACAGUGAAUAGAGCCUCAAAGGUCAAACAUGUCAACAGAACAGACUGUAAUGCAAAAUUUUAAACUUGAGUCAAUAUGUACAUGUAUCAUAAUACUAUUUUAAUUUUUAAUACAUAAUAUAACCAUAAACCUCAUAGUGUUUGCUUUCAA